AUGGCACCCUCAACAUCAACGUCCGCCGCCACGGCUGGCCCCUCUACCUCAUCUUUGGGAGCCGACGGCAAGAAACUGCCCAUCACACCGCAGCUCAUCUCUGCAUUCAAGCCAGCCAAGGUGUUUACACAGCAUGUCACCAAGGGCACGUCGGUCACCUCGGCUUCGUUCGACAACCACGGGUUCCAAUGCAUUACCUCGGGCGAGGACGGCAAUAUGCAUAUCUACGAUGCCAAGUACGGCCUGCACAAGCAGAAGAUCCCGUCGCUCAAAUACGGCGUCCACCUGGCGAAAUCCACGCACGAUGCCGAGUCGGUCAUGUUUGCAUCCACCAAGGAGAACAAUGCGAUCCGAUACAUGGAUGUGAAGCUCGGCAAGUUCAUCCGCUAUUUUGAGGGGCACGAGAACAAGGUGGUGACACUGCAGAAGAGUCCGCAGGACGAUACCUUCUUGUCGGGCAGCGUGGACGAAGCGGUACGGCUGUGGGACGUGAGGACGCCCAAGGCCAUGGGCCACAUGCAUCUGCAGGGACACCCUGUGGUAGCGUACGAUCCAACGGGCAGGGUGUUUGCCGUGGCAAUCAACGAGCGAUCCGCCGUGCUGCUGUACGACGUGCGCAAGUUUGACCAGAUGCCCUUCCUCAGAGUGGACCUCGACGACUCGGCGGCGCUUUCCAGAGUAUCCAUGCCUCCUCGCAUCCCCAUCAUCACCUCGCUCACCUUCACUCCCGACAGCCAGUAUCUGCUGUUGGGCACAUCGGGCGACGUACACUACGUCAUCGACACUUUCGAACAGGGCGGACCCGUGGUGGCGAGGUUGAUAGGACACGAAGGACUCGAAAAGGCUUCGGGCACAUCGAUAGGUAUGGUUGCCGAGGCAGGUAUCAGUGGUCAGGAAGUGUGCUGGACCGCCGAUGGCAAGUGGGUGCUGUCUGGCUCGGCUGACGGCUCGGUGGUGUCGUGGUUCGUUGACCUGGAGGAAGCCAGUCGCAACGAGUUCAGGAACUUGAAACCGCGUUACAAGCAGGCAGGCCAUGAUGGUGCUAGCCGCGUUCUGGCGUUCAACCCACGAUAUGCGCAGUUCAUGAGUGCUGGCGCCGAGGUGGCAUUCUGGCUACCAGAUCUACCAGAAGAACUGUAA